AUGCAAAUUUUCGUUAAAACUCUUACCGGAAAGACUAUCACUCUUGAAGUCGAGUCGUCAGAUACAAUUGAUCAAGUUAAACAAAAGAUUCAAGAUAAGGAAGGAAUUCCCCCAGACCAGCAACGUUUGAUUUUUGCUGGUAAACAAUUAGAAGAUGGUCGCACUUUAUCUGAUUAUAACAUCCAGAAGGAAUCCACACUUCACUUAGUACUUCGACUUCGCGGUG